AUAUAAUUUCUCGAUAUCCAAAACUUAGAUAACCCUGUCAUGGAUAUGCGCCUAGCACACUCUUCAGGAAGCCUUGCGCAGUGAUAUGAUACAUAUUAUAAUAGAGUGAGAUACACGUUGUUUACAUUUAUAGAAUUUAAGACUUCCUCCGGGCUAAUAUACAACAUCUACAUUAAUCAUUUUUAUCACAUACAUAGGCAAAAACCUAUACAAUGGCAUAACACUUCUAUUAACUAUCACAUUCCUAGAAUUCGCUUUCAUCGUACCAAAAAAGUGCCACACGUGCGUUCCGUACCAUAGAGGUACCACUGACAAAAUUGUGAAUGUUUUGGUGAUGGUCGCGCAGUGCCGGUAACGUGAGGUCCUGCAACAACUGAUGCCUUUUCAUUGUUGUCAGUUUAGCUGAAAUUCGCUAGUGAUAGUGUCGUUACAUGUGUAUUCUAUCCGGAAGCGUUACUUGUGCCGCGUUAUAUUAUUCGGGCGUCUGAAAGUCGUCAAAAAAACAGUAAGCGGCAUACCCGGCUAUGAUCAAUAAAGUCUAACAGUUUUUCUGUAUCUUCGAAAAAUUUUUCAAAUAAGAGUAAAGUACUAGGUAAUGACCUUUUCUGAAUUGAUACGAAGCAAAAUAAAACGAUUACGGAUACAGGAUAUUGACCUUUUAUACUGCUCGAUGUUGACAUAUUUAACGUUCAGCGCUAUAUAAAUACUUGAAUGCACGAUAAUCUAACCUUCCUCGAGCUUUGCAAAUCUUACCUAUUUAUAUACUAAUGUUAGACCGGCCAAACCGAGACUAUCGUCUUUAGUAAAUAGAUUUUUGGUCAAUGUUGGGUUUCAUUGCAAAAUACAUUUAAUGAUAUCUGGAAUAACGGCACUGUGGCUCUUAUAUAGAUGGCGCUCCGUAUCGUAGACUAAAAAAGAUUUCAGGUUUGUUACAAAAAUAUCUUGUCACAUUUUUUAAGAAUGUUUCCAGAUAGAGUAGAUACUACAUUAACUACAAUCGUAACUAAUUGUAUUUAUGACAAUAAUAAUAAAAAUAACAUUAAUAAAAACGAAAUUACAUAAGUCUUUGGAAAAUAAGCGCGAUCGAAACUUUUACACAUAAUGAAGUUACUUUAUAUACAAAACCUAAUUUAGGCAAAAAGUAUCUAAAGGUUGGUUGAAAAGUUUAUUUAGGUUCAUUGACCUUAAUUGGAACAAGACGGACGAUUAUUCACUUAGAGACAGAGGCUACUCGAAGUUUCGAAGGCAUCGCAACCAGGAGUCACCACAGCAUAUUACGAAAUGCGGUAUGCACAGCUAGUCAUGGGUCCGGCCGGAUCAGGAAAAUCGACCUUUUGUUCUGUUGUGGCGCGUCAUGCUGAAAUCACCAAAAGAGAUGUCAACAUUGUCAACCUGGAUCCGGCUUGUGAAUACUUUGACUAUUCACCGAUGUUGGACGUCCGCGACCUCAUCCAUCUGGACGAUGUGAUGGAGGACGAGGAGCUUCGUUUAGGACCAAAUGGCGGUUUAAUCUUCUGCUUGGAAUACCUCAUUCGAAACCCUUUAUGGCUAACCGAACAGCUCGGGGAUUCGGCGGACGAUGAAUACUUCAUAUUUGAUUGUCCAGGACAGAUCGAACUGUACACUCAUUUAGACAUGAUGAAGCGAUUCACUGACAUGCUUGCUGGCCUUGACUUCAGAGUGUGCGGUGUAUACUUGAUCGAAGCACAGUUUAUGGUCGAGACUCAUAAGUUUUUUUCGGGAGUGUUGUCUGCUUUAAGUACGAUGGUUAAUCUCGAGUUGCCGUUUGUCUGUAUCCUGUCAAAAAUGGAUCUGCUCAAUUCUGCGGGGCGAAGAAAAAUCGCAGAUUUUGUGGACAGCUCAGCUCAGGCAUUGCUCGAUGACAGUCGAGAAGCACAUCUGAAUCCGAAAUUUGAGGCUCUAUCGAGAGCGCUGGCUCGUGUGGUGGAUGAUUUCUCUUUAGUUCGAUUUGUACCCCUGAACAUCCGACACGAAGAAUCAAUUAGCGACGCUCUCAUGCUUAUUGAUAACGCGAUCCAGUAUGGCGAAGACUUGGAUGUCAAGACCGCCGAAUUUGAGUAUCCAGACGAAGAUGACGAAGAUGACGGAAGAGAUAAUUAGUGAACUAUUGUUAGCCAUGCUCUGUGAGGUGUUGUUAAAUAAUUGUUGAGGGUUAGAGAUGUGAUCACCUGUUAAUAUUUUGUUCCGGAUAGUCUGGAGCGGCGGUCUGUUGAGGGAAUGUUGUAGUGGACAAGACAUUUUUGUUUAAUGACCAUCAUCGGUAACGAAGGCGUUGAUCAGACGAGUGUGAAGGAAGAGAAGCAUUUGUUUAUUUUUAAGGCGCAAAGCGUGUAGAUGUUGCGCGUUUGUCAAAGGUCUGUUAGGUAAAGGCUGUCGCAAGGAAUGAUGAUAAAGUGAGGGAUUUUCAAAUGUAAAACACAGUUAUACAGACGAAAAUGGAACAUCAGGCAUAACUAUUGUUUGUUUGGAAGAAGGCCAGAAGAUGGUGAUCUUCUUUCGCUGGGGCUACACGGACUUACCAUGAGGUGAAUGAGGCGACUGCAUAUAUAUACAUAUAUAUAUGACGCUUAUUAUUAUAUAUUAUAUUACUAUUAUAACGCAUUAGAUCGAAGCAAACCGAAAUACUGAAAGAAACAGCAGAAAUAUUGAAGUUGGCAGCCGCUGAUCGUUGUCACGGAUUAGUAUAUUAAAAAAGAAGAAGUAAUUUCGGCCAGUUAGUUUCUAAUCCCUUAGGCAACAUAUUUGUACAAUAUAUUUGUGACGUGAUGUUUAUACAAUGUAUUUUAUAAAAGAGUACCCAAUAAAUGAA